AUGGUUGAGAUAUUUGAUCCUAGCAAGGGCAGAUUCAUUGUACAAGACUUGGUUGGCGAAGUGUCUCUCGGUGCCGUGGAUGUUGAGUGCAUCUUGGCCUUAGAGAACCACGGACUGUCGGCAGAAGGUAUUCUCGGUGAGGAAGGUGAGGAUGUUAAAGAUCGAGUGCCGCCUCAAUUCCUGAGCAAGACCACAGGUAACAUAGUCAUCGAUGAUCUGAUUGUGGACAUCACAAAAAAUAAAUCUGCCGACGACUAUUUCCUUCGGAGAGUUGUCCUCGUGUUGCUUGGAACAGUUCUUGCUCCCAUGUCGAGCAAGACUAUACCAAAGCAAUAUUACGCAUUGGUGGACGAUGUGAAGCGUAUAUCCAAGAUUAAUUGGAAUGCAUUCACCCUCCCAGUUCUGCUGGACUGCCUUCGCAACGUGAGGAAAGGCAAACACCUCCGCCAAUGGCCGAGAGGGAACUUAGCUCUCCUGCAGUACCUGUACUGGGAGAAGGUUCAGCCUCUGGAAGGUGAAUGCGCAUUCAAUCCUAGCUUGUCCAUGGAACCUCUAAUGAGGAAUUGGACUGAAGCUGCAGCCUCAAGGAGAGACAAGUUUGAUUAUGACCAAGGCCGUGGCCGUUGUAACAUCAAGAUUGAAGACAACAUAACCAAGGAGUAUAGGGCGCAGGAGCGCAAAGUACCCGAACCAGAAAAGCCAAAAAUGAAGCCCGCCGUUGGUGCGGCAAAGAAGUCCAAGUUAGCCUCAAACGCGGACGAGAUGAUGAACCUCAUCAUGAAGCGGUGUAUGGAUUACAUACGCAGCCAAAUGAAGGAGAUACCAGAACAAGUAGCCGAGAGAUUGUUAGAGAAGUUGAACCAAAAUGGUGUGAUGUACAAGCCAGCGGCUGCUGCGGCUUCCGGCAACAACGAUGCCGACCUAGAAGUGGAUUCCUUUGAGAAUGGUCCGCCAGAAAAAAAAGAAUUCGUGUACAAGGAUGACUCUGACGGUCUAGAGCCGAAAACACCUGCCAAGUUAAAUGUUGACAAGACAACAAAACCUACUGAUGAGUGCGGCGCAACACCGGAGAACCCUUGGAUUGUAGGUAAUUCUCCUCGAGCAGAAUUGUCCGACAUUGACAUUUCUACAAGUUCUAUCGACAGGAUGGUGGGUAAGACCAAGGGGAAAAAGUCUGCAGCAACCGCAAAAGAAGACGAUGUUAUAUCCGGGAAGCGCCGACGGACUGUUCCCAAGAAAUUUGAAUCCCCCUUUAAACUUGACAAGCCCGGCAAGCGAAGCGCUCGUGGUACUAAGCCAUCCGGCAACACUACCGCAACUAGAGCUCUGUUUAGUGACAAUGACAUGGAAGGCUCUGUUAAGGACGAUUUGACACCGGAACUCAUCGAUGCUGCUGUUGCGUUUGUGGAGGCAGCUGCUCGGUCUGAGAAGAAUAUGACAAAAAGAGUUUACUACAAUGAACGUGGCACCUCUGUGACUGUGGAGAGUAUACGACCGAUUAUCGAUGCUUAUCAGACACAUUUGGCUCUGCGCGUUGGUCAUGAUCGGCACCUCUGUCCAGCCUGGAGGUCCAAAUACCUUGUUGAUCGUGCUAAGGCACGAGACAACCCUAAACCGUCGAAAUACAACAUGGAUAGUGCGCUGAGCAGAGCUGGAGCAGUACGUAGGGUUCUGCACGAGUAUACCGUCCGUGAUAAGUCGUUUAUCCCGUUGAACGUCGGCAAUACACAUUGGAUCACCGUGGUGAUGCACAACCGCAAGAAAGAAUUCCGAGUUUUUGAUUCGCUCUAUCCUCUCGAGUUCUCUCUCGACACUGUGAAAGCACUGCGACUAGCAAUAGCAAUUGAUAUGGAAGAGGCAAACCGUAUUACACCUGGCAAAUAUCCAGACGUCACUAAGUGGCCUAUCAUACCUCAGAUCGACAUGCCACUACAAGAGGACGGGAACUCUUGUGGCCUUUUUGUGAUUGAAGUUAUGGAGCAUUGGGACGGGGAUCGAUGGACCGCCGAUUUUACCCAGGGCACGGUUAAUGCAAGGAGAAGGCGUCUCAUCGCCGAGUUGGUUCUCUCACCUACCAACACGCUCGAAUGUGUGAAGAACAAAAUCCGCGACAUCGCAAAGAAAAGCAAGGCGUGA